AUGUCGCAGAAGAUCGCCAAAACUUCAUCGGUAGUUCCGCAACAGGAAUCUCUAACUUGCAUUCAAGCGACUUGCCACGUGGAUGUUGAUAUGCCGAUUCCAAUGGUACCUCUUGACGAUAUGAAGUAUUUCAACAAAAUCGCCAGUUGUGAACUUCCAAUGGAUAUGACUAGACCAAAAAUGGAUUUUCCCAAAAUUAGAAAAUGGUCGGAAGAGGAGGUUCGCAUGAUUAUCGAAAAGUCAAAGUCGCUUUGCGAAUAUAAAGAUUAUGAGAGCCUCAGCGAGUUCUUUGAAGCCGAGUCCGGCAUUCAUGAUCUAGCGCUGUCUUUUGAUGGAAAAUCGCGUAACAUGUUUCUCGAUAUCAUGGAACCACACUUGUGCGAAUUAAUCGCUAAGACGUUUGAAGAGCGAAUCGAAAUUUCCUGGUCGCCGGAGAACAAAGACGAUGAAACGAUGAACUAUGAAAGAUCGAUUGUGAUCGAUAUGAUCAACAAGAAGCAGUGUUAUUUUCGCUUUUUCGGCGAAGUUGAAGAUGUCUCAUCGCUGAAUCGUGUGUUCUUGUUCGCCAGAGAUGGCUGCUUUGACAGCGGGUGGAUUCAAUGUAUGGUCUGCUGUAAGCUUAUCCAUUCGACAAGUACCACCAUCAAACAGCAUGCGAAAUCCUGCGAAACACACGCGUGGAAAUUGAGUAAAGGAAACUCGCUCAAAAUGAGCGGGUCGAAGCGAGUUAAAUAUUUGACGGAAAGCUGCCCAAUAGAUCGAAUCCCCCGACCAUUCGUCCCACUACCAAAAACUGUCAAUUGGAAACCAGAAGAUCUUCGCGAUGUCAUCAAUAUGACAAAAGAAAUGUGCGUGAAAUUCAAUUACCAGAGUCUUUCGGAAUUAAUGGAAUAUCAAAAUGGUCUUCAUGAAUUCGCUCUGACAUUUGAUAAGAAUUCACGAGCAUUGUUCCUAAAGCAAAUUGAGCCGAUAUUGAUUCAAAACGUUGCUGACCGUUUUAGUGAGAGAAUCGAAAUCCCAUGGACAUCGGAGUAUAAAGACGUUGAGUCGUUGGAUCGAGAAAAAAGCAUUGUAGCCGAGCACAUUAACAACAAUCAAUACUAUCCACGUGUCUACGAUGAUCCCAACGACGUCGCCUCAAUGAAUCACAUUUUUUUGCUCAAAAAAGGUGACGGACUAUUCGACAGCGGUUGGCUUCAGUGUAUGGUGUGCUGCCAAUUGAUACACGCCAAAUGUCCAAUGAUCAAUGGGCAUGCUAAGUCUUGCGAAGAACGAUCCUGGCAAAUGAACCAGUGCACCUCUGAUGAAUCUGAACGCUCUUUCAUCUUUCCGUUGAGACCAUGUGAGAGUUUCCUACACCGAAAAUUGGAAUAA